AUGGCAUCGAAAAAUCUACGAGUGGGACAAUUUCAAAUAGAAGCAACAGGGUAUGAUAGAAAAAAGGUCUUAUUCUGGUAUUUAGCAUCGAAUCAAGCACAACAAUCGAUGUAUCUUGUUCAUCGAGGAACAUCAAAGAAUAAUCCAGAUGACGUUUUAGAUGAUUUAGAUCCGGAAGAAUUAGGAACAACGAAUCCAUCGGUUAAAAACGACUUUCCCUAUUUAUCAUCUAACGCGAAACAUUUGUUUGUUGCCCAAGGCUUUCAUUCGAGAUUUAAAAAUCAACAGGUGCCAAUCACAGCUGCUGUUCGAUUAGCAUUGAAAAAAUAUCCGUCUUUUUCGUUCGUUGUUAUUGGACACUCGCUCGGAGCAGCAUGGGCUUUUUUAGAUGCGGGCUAUUUUGUUAGUUUAUCGGACAUAAAUGCUCGCAUGACUGCCAUUUAUACGUUUGGUCAACCCUUACUCGGUUCAUCUACCUUUGUCGAUGGUGUGAGUCAACAACUGGGCGAUCGUUACGUUCGAAUUGUAAAUAAAAAUGAUCUCAUUCCACAUAUUGGAUGCUUGCAAUGUGUUCAGCCAUUGUAUAUCGUUGAGAAAUGGAUCCAAUACAUUGUACCUGAUACUGUUAUACCGACAUGGAUCGAUUGUACGGGUGGUGACGAUCUAUCUUGUAGUGCCGGACUGCCAUGUAAAGUAUUGUCUUGGUCAAACCAUAGUGCCGUAGGUAGCUUUUCUAUGAGAGGAGAAUUCUGUAAUAUUAGAAGUAAUCAAUGA